GGAGUUGAUUGGGCCCUAGGACAGACUGGUGAUAAGAGAAAAUUCUUUCUUCUGCUUGUUCACCUUGCUUGUGUGGAGACAAGGAUGACUCUUGAAAAUACUAGCCCACAAUAUAUCCACUCCAAGACAUCUGUUCUUCUAUCCUGUUACACGUUACUGGAGGUUAGCAUUCAAUAUUUGACAUGUGGACCAUCAUUGGAGCUUGAUAGACAGCAGGUUAUACAAUUGCAUUCAGCGAUGACUGGAGCAUUCAGUGCUCUUAUGUUUUAUAUGAAUUCAGUCAAAGAUCAAGAAGAACAGAUAACCAAUGCACUGAUGAGAGCUACUGUUCAUGUUUUAACUGUUUGGUUGGCUGAGGAGACUACUGCUUUAAGACAAGAAGUCUACAAACUUCUCCCCUUCAUCCUCAAAGUUGUUCAAAAAUCUUAUAAGGAGGUUGCCCAGGCAACGGUCUGUACAUCACCAUCAUCAACAUCAGCAUCAUCUCUCAGUGACAUGGGAUCUCUGUCUAUGUCUCCUUCAACUUCUUCUAUCCCUUCAUCAUCGAUCCCAUCAACCUCAACCCCAUCUACCAGUACACUACCACCAUACUCUUCAUGGGAGUCUGAUCUACCGGUAGUAGCUCCACCUGCUAAGGAUCUGUUAAGGCUCUUACUACCAGCCCUAUGUCAUCUCACUGCUGAGGACGAACCAAGGAGGAUCUUGAGGGAGUGCAAAGGUUUAGAGCUUCUCCUGGAAUACUUUGCAUAUCACUGGAGACUGGUCAAUGAACUCAAGAGAAAAGAGUCAGAGGUAGGGAUCAUGUUUUUUUUUUCUCAAAUUUGCAAGAUGCAUAAAUUCAACUUAUUUUUGUGGCCUGCCUUCGUAUGGACAGAUGGAUGGAUGUCUCUUGUUGACCAUUUCAAUUCAAACAGGUGAACCUGACCAAGAAAGCAAACCUUGAUUUUGAUGCUGCUUGGCAUGUUAGUAGUGCCAGGUACAAGUCUAACCCAUGCAAAUCGAUUACGGAAUAUGUUCAUGUUAAUGACCUCAUUUGCAUAUUUCUUCUGAUUGACUAAUAAGGACAGGUAAAGUUUAACCCCUUUCCAUUGUCUGAUUUCAGUGCAGGAGUGCAGCCCACAGGUUUAUAUGUAGCAAGCGUGAAACCCACAAAUCUCAAAACUCUAAUUUACUAUCAAUAACUGGGAUAUACCCAUUUGAUUUGCUAGUUCAUUACGAUUAACUUGCGUGCC